CGCAGACUGUUAGCUUUGCGACUCUCGUCCUUCUUGUCCUCUAUCUUUCUUUGUGCGUCUUCUCUAUUGUGACAAGCUCCUUUGCUCCUUUGCCCAGUCGGCGACAUCAUUUACGGCCCUGAGUCGCUCAUUUACCGCAAACGCAAUGACCGAAGAAGCGCCUCGAAAGCGGUCGCGCUUCGACCAAACCGAACCCGAACCGCGAAAGGCUUCGCGCUUCGACCGACGUUCUCGAUCUCCUGCGUCCAGACUGACCGAAAGUAGAAGAAGUCGGAGUCCAUUGGAUAAAGACAGUCAGAGUCCUGCCGGCGAGAAACGUAGUACUCCUCUGGAUCCUGCCGCUGCCGCAGCUGCGGCCGCUGCCAAAAUCAACGCCGAUCUACAAGCGCGCAAAGGCAUUCAACAUGUCGACGUACCUCCCAUCCGAUCGUCCUCAACACCCACACCAGCAGCAAAGCCUUCGACUCCUACCUCAUCCCAGAAUACUAGCAAGGUCGACGGGGAGAUCUACGUAGCGGAUGGUGACUACAUUAAAGAUAUCGAGAUCAACGAUCUACGUAACAAAUACACCUUGACCAGGGGUUCGGCUCAAAAGAUGAUCAAGGAUGAAACUGGUUGCGAUGUCACGACCCGUGGCUCUUAUUUCCCCGACAAAAGCAUGGCAACUGCAGCGAACCCACCUUUGUACUUGCACGUUACCAGCACUUCCAAAGCAGGCCUAGAGAAGGCCAUUGCAAAGAUUGAGGAGCUUAUGAAACAGGAACUACCCAAUCUUGUCGACGAAAGGCGCUUCAAGCGCAGGGAGCCCGAACCAUUUGAGCGUGAUGAAUUUGGACGGCGAAAAUGGCCCGAAGAGCGUAUACCUCUCGACAUGGAGAACAUCCCUGGUUUCAACUUACGUGCGCAGGUGGUUGGUCAAGGUGGAGCUUACGUCAAACACAUCCAACAGGAGACCGGCUGUCGUGUCCAGAUUAAAGGUCGCGGAAGCGGUUUCAUGGAGCACAGUACUGGACAGGAAGCCGAUGAGCCGAUGUAUUUGCAUGUGGCUGGGCCGCAACCGCAACAAGUGCAGAAGGCUAAGGAGCUUUGUGAGGACCUCCUCACCAAUGUUCGUCAGAAUUAUGAACACUUCAAAGCGAAUCCGCCGCCUCAGCGGAUGGAAUCGUACACUGAUGGAUAUGGUACUGAUUCUAAUCGUCGUCACUAUGGUGGUGGCUACGGACGAGAUCGAAACCGCGAAGACAACAGCUAUUCACACGGCGCAAGCUACAAUUCCCCUUAUUCGGCGACACCUGCAACUCCAGCGCCCGGCAGUGCAGGUUCUCCUACCGACUAUGCAGCACAAUGGGCUCAGUAUUACGCCAAUCAACCAGGCGGAGAUCCUUAUGCUGCUUAUGGUGGUUACCAGAACUACAUUGCCUACUAUCAAUACUAUCAACAACAACAAGCUGCUGCCGCUGGACAACAGCAAUCCCCUCCACCACCGCCGGCAACCGACUCCAGUGCAGCUCCUCCACCACCUCCCCCGACUUCGGACAUUUCAGGAGCGCCACCUCCACCACCUCCUACAGGAGGCUACUCUGCUGUUCCACCCCCUCCAGGACUGUGAGCAUAUGAUGGUGUUGUGAAGAACUGACCUUGUCAGACACGAACAGAUCUUCAUCGAUGGCAAUAGUUGCUUUGAACCCUUUUCAAGUAAACUCGCUGUUUGGGCCUCGCUCCAAGCAGUCAAAGCGAUGCAAGUCUACUUCGAAAAUCUUGCAGGAACGCGGAUUACAUCUGAUUGUUUGGACAGGCAAAGUAUUGCAAAGAGGGAUAAUUUGAGAGCUGAUCGGUCAAUAGGGACCUGAUCCAUAAUUGCAUCAAGCUUGUGGUUUUGAUAGCUGACUUAACCAGCAUAGAGGGCGUGACUUACUUUAUUGUAGAGCCGAAAUUCGACAGCCAAAAAAGGAUCGACUUCCGGUCUUAUUCUCUGUAUUCAAGUAUCAUGAAAGACUUUGCUGCCUUGUAAGUACUUUUUGACCGAGGGUUGAUCUUUGAACGCGACUCAGAAUGUCCGAUGUAUGAGCCAGGGUGAGUGUACGAAGUCAACAAACUUACCAAGGUAAGUGGUUUUAUUUCAUUUGCAAUUGUCCUUAUGAUGUGAUCUAGGCCGGGAGAGGCCCCUGUGGCUGCAGAGGUCCGACUCAUAUAAGGCGACAGGACUUGAUAUAUAUAUAAUUACGUGAUGCAACCCUCUACUAUAAUUCAUU